AUUCGAUCAAACAAUAUAAAUUGAAGGGGAAAAAAAAAAACGCAAAAUAUCUUUACCAUACGGCAAUUGUGUGGCCUCGACUGAAAAUCCAUUCUAUCUCUCUCAUUAUCUUCACUACCUUCUUUCAAUCUGAAUCCUCUCUAACUCCGCCGUAAAUCGCCGAAUUUCCAAACUUCUUCCGCCACAAUCACUGUUAAUCGCCUGCCACACAGAUACGGCGGCGCAUAGAAACGGUUAUUAUUCCGAUUUAUUGAGCUUGGUAGUCGGCUUUUGUUGUGAUUGCUGUUGUAAAGGUGCUGUCGUUUGCUGUUCAAUGACUGGCUCUUUGACCUGUGCUUCGGUUUAGAAAUGGCUUCUCCUUUUUUAACGUCAGUGUCUGUAGAAUGUGUGAACGUAUGUAAGCUUUGGAAAGGGGACGUGAGUGGAAAAUAUGAGUGCAGUAUGCUAUCGUGCGCGUCAAGAGCUCCAAGAGUGCUGACCGGAUUCAUGGCAAGCACGGCUCAUCCUCCCCAGCCGUGUGGAAGCAUUGGCAGAAGAAAUCACAUUGGAUGUAGAUGUGAAGAAAGUAACUGGAGACUGCGGUGCUCAUACGAGGCCUCAAAUUUUCCCAUUUCAAAGAAGCCUUGCAGCUCAAGCACCACGGUUCGUGGCAGCAGCAACUGGAAGUUAUAUUGUUCUCCGAUAUCUUUUUCUACAGAACAUUAUGAGGUUACGCCAGACACCCUGUGGGAGGAUCUUAGAUCUUGCAUCUCAUAUCUUCCUUCAAGGGAACAACAAUUGGUCCGUAAAGCCCUGAAUUUGGCUUUUAAGGCUCAUGAUGGUCAAAAAAGACGCAGUGGAGAGCCCUUUAUUAUUCACCCUGUUGCAGUUGCUCAGAUUCUUGGAGAACUUGAAUUGGAUUGGGAGUCAAUAGCCGCUGGUUUGUUACAUGAUACGGUGGAGGAUACAAAUGUAUCUAAACUUGGAAAACUCAAAUCAAAGGAUGAGAACAAUUCCGUUCAAGAUGUUAAAGCAGAUGACCUCCAUCAGAUGUUUCUGGCUAUGACUGAAGAGGUCCGUGUUAUAAUUGUCAAAUUGGCUGACAGAUUACACAACAUGAGAACUCUUUCACAUAUGCCUCCACAUAAGCAGUCCAGUAUAGCUAAGGAGACCCUGCAGGUUUUUGCUCCGCUAGCGAAACUGCUUGGAAUUUACCAGAUAAAGUCUGAACUUGAAAAUCUGGCAUUUAUGUACACAAAUCCUCAAGAUCAUGUGAAGAUCAAGAGAAGAGUGGCAGAGCUUGACCGAGAACAUGAAAAAGACAUCAAAGAGGCAAAUGAAAUUUUAAUGACGAGGAUUGAGGAUGACCAAUUCUUGAACCUAUUGGCUGUGAAAACUGAAAUUCGGCCCGUGUGCAAGGAACCGUACAGCAUCUAUAAAGCAGUUAUUAAAUCUGAAAGCUCGAUAAAUGAAGUUAACCAGAUUGCCCAGCUUCGUAUUAUUAUUAAACCAAAGCCGUGCAUUGGAGUUGGGCCUCUAUGUAGCACACAACAGAUAUGUUACCAUGUUCUUGGACUGGUCCAUGGCAUUUGGACCCCAAUCCCGCGAGCUAUGAAGGAUUAUAUUGCCACUCCAAAGCCUAACGGCUAUCAAAGUCUCCAUACUACUGUGAUUCCGUUUCUUUACGCGAGCAUGUUUAGACUUGAAGUUCAGAUUAGAACUGAAGAGAUGGAUUUGAUUGCUGAAAGAGGGAUUGCCACUCAUUAUAGUGGCAAAGUUUUUGUGAAUGGCUUGGUCAGACAUGUUAUACCAAAUGGCUCCAGAGCAAAAACAGUUUGCCUUAAUAAUGCUAAUGUUGCUCUCAGGAUUGGCUGGCUCAACGCAAUAAGGGAGUGGCAAGAAGAAUUUGUUGGGAAUAUGAGCUCUAGGGAAUUCGUAGAUACAAUUAAAAAUCUGCCCAAAGGGGCAACUGUCGUUGACUAUGCGUAUAUGAUCCACACUGAAAUUGGAAAUAAAAUGCUUGCGGCAAAGGUCAAUGGCAAUAUCGUCUCGCCUACACAUGUGCUUGCGAAUGCAGAAGUAGUGGAGAUCGUAACAUAUAAUGGGCUUUCUAGUAAAUCUGCCUUCCACAGACACAAGCAGUGGCUCCAACAUGCCAAAACACGUAGCGCCAGACACAAGAUAAUGAAAUUUCUGAGGGAACAAGCUACAUUAUCGGCCACAGAAAUAACUGCUGAUUCGGUUAAGGAAUUAGUCGGUGAAUUUAAAGCGAAAAACGAAGUCCAAGAUGUUGUAAAUUACUCCAAAGGGGCUAAGCACGCGUGUGAGCAGAUUUUGAGAAACGCUAUGCAAACAACAUCAUCAGCAACAAAUGAUGAAGGUAUAUUUCGAUUGGAUGGGGGUGGCAUUAAGUUCCCAAAAAUUAAUGGGAAGCAUAGCAAGAGUAUGCAGAACGUGAAUUUGAAAGCCAAGGGAGAGGUACUAUCUCAGGGAAAUGGUGUUGCCGAGAUGAUUUUCUCCAAUAUCCCUGUGUACAGAGAAGUCUUGCCGGGCUUAGAGAGCUGGCAAGCUAACAAGAUUAUGUCUUGGCACAAACUCGAAGGGAACUCCAUCCAGUGGUUGUGCAUAAUCUGCAUAGACCGUAAAGGCGUGAUGGCUGAAAUCACAACAACACUUGCAGCUAUGGGAAUUUCUAUAUGUUCUUGUGCUGCAGAAAUCGACCGAGAAAAAGGAAUAGGUGUCAUGUUGUUUCACGUCGAAGCUAGUUUAGACAAUUUGGCAAGUGCGUGUUCCAAGGUAGAUUUAAUUCUUGGUGUUCUUGGGUGGUCAACUGGUUGCAGCUGGCUGAGCUUGAAUGAGAACCAUCAGUUUCUAGAGUGUUAGUCUUUGGUCGGGAUGACUGUAUAGCUUUAUCAGCUGCUGAAAAAUGUUCCGAAAAAAAAGUUUUGUUUACAGAGAACAGAGUUUUUCUCUUUCUUUUUUUGUUGUUUGGGGAGGAAGGGUCGAUAGGAUGAAACUCAUUGUUUAGGGAAAGGUUUUCGCUGUUUUCUUCUAAAAUUCUUUUGAAACCUAUUUGUAAAUCAGUGAAAGUGUACUAGCAAGUCUUUGAGGGGUCUAGGGACUGUAUAUAAAAGGAAGAGUGGUAGAUAGUAGAGUAAGUGAAGUAUAUAUACAUGUAAAAAGGAUCUUUACGCUUUGAGACGGGCAAAAUUAUUUCAACCGGGUGACAGUUUACCAUAUGUUCCAUAUAGCUUUUAGGAUGUGGUCCCUUGCCCUUUUAAACUGUUACUACCUUCCUCAUUUGUUUGUGUAUGAUGUAUAUGGAUAUAAUUUGUGUAGUCUUUCUACCUCCUCUAAUCCAGAUUCAGGAUUCUGCUUAUCAUUCUAUCUGAAUAAUAAAGGUGAGUUACCUAUAAUUUUUCAUUUUACA